AUGGGAAGUCCAAGCUGCGAGCGUGAUGCGCAGUUCAAAGCGUUGACCGAUGUCCUGCUUGGCGUUUCUCCUGAAAUCUUCAGGCCGUUUGACAUUUUCAGGUCCCGAUAUCCCUCAGCAGGUAUAAAGAUCGAGGUCGAUAUAUUAGUCCCUAAACGAAGGACGGCGGCGAUGGCUAGCCAUCCUGUGAUUGUUCGCAUACAUGGAGGCUUUUUAGUCACUGGCUCAAGUUUGUUUCCAGCCUGGUUCUCAAAAUGGAUUCUGGACUACGCAGAAGAGAAUAAUGCCAUAAUCGUCAGCCCCAACUAUCGCUUACUGCCGGAGGUGAAAGGCCGCGAUAUUAUACAAGACAUGGCAAGUUUUUGGUCAUGGCUUGGGGAUGGCGGAGUUAAUCAACAUCUAAAUUCCAUCGGACGUCCCGAUAUAUCGCUGAAUCAAUCCCAGCUUCUGUUGGCCGGUGAAAGUGCAGGCGGAUACCUGGCGUUACAGUCGGUCAUGUCAGGUUUUGUACGGCCAAACGGCAUUAUUGCCCUCUACCCAAUGAUUGACAUGACCUCUCCCCAUUAUACAGAGAAAUAUUCGAAACCAAUUGUAGGAGUGACAAACUAUGGCGAACAAACAGUGGAGGAGUUUCUUUCUUCUACAUUGGGAGCUGCACCCAUAACCGAGGCAGAUCCGCCAUCCCGCCUGGCCGCUGCAAUUGCCGCAGUUCAAAACGGAAGGUUCUUGGACCUUUUUGGUCGGGAUGAGGAUUUGUUCUUCCUUGAACGCCUUCGGAAAGGAACGCCUCUCGCCCAAGAAUCUGGCACGCCUUUUUUUCCCCCAAUAUUCCUAUUGCAUGGAGAGGAGGACACCGCAGUCCCCGUUGAGGGCUCGAUUAAAUUACUGCGACUGCUGAGACAAGCAGAUCCCGCUGCUAAAAUAUAUGCAGCCAUACGACCUGGGGAUCACGGAUUCGAUUUCAAGGCUUCAACAGAAGAGCCCUGGCUGAGGGCGGGUUUAGAGUUUAUCUCAGCCGCUUGGAUAGAGAGUCAAGAUCAUAUCUAG